AUGGGAAAGCGAGAGAAGCAGAAGCAGAAACACGACAGAACUCAGCGAGGAAGAGAUUACUAUCUUCAAGACAAUGACACUCCACAACCCUACUCUUCUUCUUCAACACUUUCACCCGCUGACAACGAAGAAGAAGAAGGAAUAGAAGACGCUGAUUCUGACAACAACAACAACAAUGAACAACUCCCAUCACACGAUAUGCCUUCAAAAUUCCUCCUUUACCAACAAUCUGUCCAGUCUCCCAAGGGAGACAUUAGUUAUUUGCAAAAGUUCUUUCUCAUGUAUGUUGGUGGAAGGGUGCCCCUUCAUCUUCAAGAGGAUUUCUGUGGCACUGCGUUUCUUAGUACAGAAUGGCUCCGCAGCGAUCCAAGAAAGACAGCUAUAGGAUUAGAUUUGGAUCUUGAGGCACUUACUUGGUGCCUGGAAAACAAUAUACCUAAAAUUGGGGCCGGUGGGUUUUCUAGAAUAUCCCUCUUUCAUGGGAAUGUUCUACAACCUAUUCAGUCAAAACUUGUGGAAAUGGACCCUGAGGAGCUGGUAAGGAAUAUUUCACUGUCACAGAAUACAGAGAAUCUGCAGGUCGAUGUGCUUGAGCCAGAUGUCCCAACAAGCUCUUCUGCUCAAGAUGACAAGUUAACUACGAAAAACUUUCCAAUGAAUGGAAGAGAUAUUGUGUGUGCAUUUAACUACAGCUGUUGUUGUCUCCAUAAACGCGCUGAUCUAGUUUUGUAUUUCAAGCAUGUUCGUGAUGCCUUGUCAACAAAAGGUGGAAUUUUCGUAAUGGAUUUAUAUGGAGGUACAUCUUCAGAAAACAAGUUGAAGCUUCAAAGAAGAUUUCCUAAUUUUACGUAUGUAUGGGAGCAAGCUGAAUUUGAUAUUAUUCAACGGAAAACAAGGAUUAGCCUCCAUUUUCAUCUGAAAAAGGAACAAAGAAAGCUUCGCCAUGCGUUUUCAUACAGCUGGCGGCUAUGGACAUUGCCUGAGAUAAGGGAUUGCUUAGAAGAAGCUGGAUUUCGAUCUGUUCACUUUUGGGUUCGAGAAAUGCCGGACACCACGGAAAUUACAAGAACUGAAGGAUUUGGAGCGGGAAAGGAUAUAAAAUAUGAAGAGACAACAAGUUUUCAGCAACAAGAUUCUUGGAAUGCUUACAUAGUUGGUGUUGCAUAG